AAAUUUAGAGGAAGCUGUGCAAGAAUCAUUCUACGGCUGGAUCUGGUAGAGAUAUCCCGUAGUUUCAAAACGGACCCAAUCAUGAACCCAUUUUCCUCGGGCACCCGCCUGAGAGACAUGAUUCGGGCUAUACGUGCUUGCAAAACUGCAGCAGAGGAACGUGCUGUUGUCAGAAAAGAAUGUGCUGCUAUUCGAGCUGCAAUUAGUGAAAAUGACCAAGAUUAUAGCCAUCGGAAUCUGGCUAAGCUCAUGUUCAUUCACAUGCUUGGUUACCCCACACAUUUUGGUCAAAUGGAAUGCCUGAAGCUAAUUGCAUCUCCUGGAUUCCCAGAGAAGAGAAUAGGAUAUCUUGGCCUUAUGUUGCUUCUUGACGAAAGACAGGAAGUUCUGAUGCUGGUUACCAACUCAAUAAAACAAGAUCUUAACCACACCAACCAGUAUAUUGCUGGACUUGCUCUUUGUGCCUUGGGAAAUAUCUGUUCUGCAGAAAUGGCUCGUGAUCUUGCCCCUGAAGUUGAAAGAUUACUUCAAUUUAGGGAUCCAAAUAUCAGGAAGAAAGCUGCAUUAUGCUCUAUAAGGAUAAUAAAGAAGGUACCCGACCUGGCAGAAAACUUUGUAAAUCCUGCUGCUGCGUUGCUCAAAGAAAAACACCAUGGAGUGUUAUUAACUGGAGUCCAGCUUUGUACAGAUCUAUGUAAAGUCAGUAAAGAAGCUCUUGAGCAUUUAAGAAAGAAAUGCACAGAUGGCUUAGUCAGAGUUCUAAAGGAUGUGGUGAACAGUUCAUAUUCACCGGAGUAUGAUGUUUCUGGGAUUGCAGACCCUUUUCUUCAUAUUAGAUUGCUCAAGCUUUCGUGCGUGUUGGGCCAAGGAGAUGCUGAUUCUAGUGAUACUAUGAAUGAUAUUCUUGCUCAGGUGGCUACCAAAACUGAGUCAAAAAAGAAUGCAGGAAAUGCCAUCCUCUAUGAAUGUGUUGCUACAAUUAUGAGCAUUGAAGAUAAUGGUGGAUUACGGGUGCUUGCAGUCAAUAUCUUGGGGAAAUUUUUGUCCAGCCGUGAUAACAAUAUCAGAUAUGUUGCUUUGAACAUGCUGAUGAAAGCUAUUGCCUUAGAUAGUCAAGCUGUGCAGAGGCAUCGAACAACACUCUUGGAAUGUGUAAAGGAUUCAGAUGCUUCGAUACGUAAAAGGGCCCUUGAUCUUGUAUAUCUUCUGGUAAAUGAAAGCAAUGUGAAAUCUCUGACAAAAGAGCUGAUUGACUACCUUGAAGUAUGUGACUCAGAGUUUAAAGGAGACCUUACUGCAAAAAUUUGCUCUGUUGUGGAGAAGUUUUCCCCUGAGAAAAUUUGGUACAUUGAUCAGAUGCUGAAGAUUCUGUCUGCGGCUGGAAAUCACGUGAAGGAAGAAGUGUGGCAUGCCCUUAUUGUUGUGAUCACAAAUGCUUCUAACCUCCAUGGAUAUACUGUUAGGUCGCUGUAUAGAGCUGUACAAACUGCAGGUGAACAGGAAACUCUUGUUCGAGUUGCUGUUUGGUGCAUUGGAGAAUAUGGUGAAAUGUUGGUUAAUAAUGCAGGAAUGCUUGCUGGGGAAAAUCCAAUAACUGUAACAGAGUCUGAAGCUGUGGAUGUUGUUGAAACUGCUAUUAGAUGCCAUUCGGAUCUCCCGACUCGAUCAAUGUGUCUGAUUGCACUGUUAAAGCUGUCAAGUCAUUUUUCAUCCUGUUCACAGAGAAUAAAUAAUAUUAUCCUUCAUUAUAAAAGAAGCCUUGUGCUUGAACUGCAACAACGAGCCAUUGAGUUUAAUUCUAUCAUUGAGAAGCAUCAUAACAUCAGGUCUGCACUGGUUGAAAGGAUGCCAGCCCUUGAUGAGGCAACCUACAGCAGCAGAAGGGCCGGUUCUGUGCCAGCUGCGGUUUCAACUUCAGAAGGAGCUCCAUUAAACCCUCCAAAUGGAGUUUCUAAACACACUUCAUCCGCUCUUGUUGAUUUACUUGAUCUUACUUCGGAUGACAUUACAGCGCCUAGCUCUUCUGGUGGAGAUUUUCUUCAGGAUCUUCUUGGUGUUGACCAGUCACCAGCUUUAUCACAUCCAGGAACCAAUCAGACCCAAAAGAGCAGUAAUGAUGUCUUACUGGAUCUUUUGUCAAUUGGAACCCCUCCAGCUCAAAGUGGCUCAUCCACGAACAAUAUGUUAUCACCCAAUCAGGAUAAUAAAAAUUCGCUGGACAUGUUAGACACAUUGACCUCAGCACAAGCCUCUUCUCUUGUUGGAAGUUCUAUGAUAGAUUUGUUGGAUGGGUUUGGAGCCAGUUCAUCAGUGCCUGUUGCUGAAAAGAAUGGCCUGACCCUUCCAUCAAUCGUUGCAUUCGAGAGCAGCUCCUUGAGAGUUACAUUCAAAUUCUUAAAGCAGCCUGAAAACCCAGAGACUGCACUUAUUGAGGCACAAUUUUUUAACAAAUCGCCUAAUAUCUACUCAGAUUUUACAUUUCAGGCAGCCGUCCCCAAGGUAUAAUGCAAUCACCUUUUACCAUUUCUUGUGAUAGGUUCCGCAUCUUCAUUUCUGCUCACUACAUCUUUAAUAUCUUAUUUUG